AUGGACUCUUUGACUUGCACGCAGGAUGAGUUUGACGAGAUACUGGAGAAACUCUCACGACGCGGCUUGGGGUGGCGCACCUGCCGUGGCAGCGAUCCUUUCGGUCGGGCCCACACAUGGCUUGAGGGUUCCAGCAUACUUCACCGUGAGCUGCCGUGUGGCCGUGCAGAGCAGCUCCUUGUGUCGUAUUUUAUUACCUACAGCGAGUGCUACUGUCAGCCGCAGCUCUACUUUGCUCCGGAGCGUCCGAUGAGCCCAAGUGAGAUGUGCACGUGGAUGGGUGAAGUGUGCUACGGUGCGGCAGAACGGCAAGACUAUGAUGCCCCUGUUGUUUCGAUGACGUUCAGUGAGGAGCUGCAGAUGACGGUGUGGGGCCUUCAUCCGUGUGACACCACCCAACUGAUGAGGAGCACUUUGGUCAACGGCGUCGGAGGCGACAACCUGCUCGAGUUGUUUCUUCACAGUGUCGGUCGAUUUGUGGGUGUGGAUGACCAACUUCUCCCUCCCGCACACAGAAUCCGCGGAAGUGGGUGA